UGGCUUCGACAAACAUCGUCUUUUGUCGGAAAUUGAGGCUCGAAUCAAGGAUGGAAGAGGAGGCACGCAAGCUUCUCGAGGAAGGAAUAAGAAAGAAAUUGCUCAGUCCUGGUAAAGGAGAGCUCUCGACUUUUCCAAAUGGAACAAAGGUAAUUUUCCAUUAUCGCACCAGCCUGUGUGAUGGCACGGUGCUGGAUGAUUCCAGAACCAUGGGAGGACGCAGCAAGCCCAUGGAGCUCAUCUUGGGCAAAAAAUUUAAACUAGCUGCUUGGGAGAGAGUGGUCAUCACCAUGAGACAAGGCGAAAUUUCAGAAUUCACCUGUGACACAAAGCACACAGCAUUGUACCCGCUUGUGUCCCAGUCCUUAAGAAACAUCAGUGCUGGUAAGGACCCCCUGGAAGGGCAGAGACAUUGCUGUGGGAUUGCUCAGAUCCACUCUCAUCAUUCUCUAGGCCAUAAGGACUUGGAUCAGCUUCAGGCCAAUCCACAGCCUCUUGUCUACACUAUUGAGCUGCUGGAGGUUCUGCCUCCAGGAACUUUCCAGCUCGAUGUUUGGGCGAUGACAGAUGAAGAGAAACUCCAGCUGGUGCCACAGAUCCAUGAGGAGGGAAACAUGCUUUUCAAACAGGGCAAAAUUACGGAAGCCUCGGGGAAGUACUACAACGGCAUUGCCUGCCUGAAAAACCUACAAAUGAAGGAGCAUCCUGGAGAUGAAGCGUGGCUCAAGUUGGACCAUAUGAUCACACCCCUGCUCCUUAACUACUGCCAGUGCAAGCUGCUACAGGGCCAGUACUACGAAGUCAUUGAACACUGCACAUCUUUGAUCUUCAAAUAUGAGGACAAUGUGAAGGCCUUCUAUAAGCGAGCUAAGGCCCACGCUGCAGUGUGGAACGAGGCAGAGGCUCGGGCAGACUUUGCCAGGGUGCUGGUGCUGGAUCCGUCGCUGGAGCUGUCUGUUGCCAAAGAGCUGAGGGUCAUGGAGGAGAGGAUCCGCUCAAAAGAUGCGGAGGACAAGGGUCGUUACAGAGGGCUAUUCAACAAAACGCCUGCCACUGCCACUACAGGUUGAAUCUCACAGUGGUUUGAAAUAAAAGGAUGCCUGGUAAUUUCAAGAUCGAGGGGAGACAGUAGACACUGCUGCUGUUCCAGUCUUACCCAUGCACCCAAGGUUAAUGCUCUGCCACCAAGCAGAAACCCUCCCACACGCUGUCAGGUUACUCAUUCGACUGCACCAGCAAGUUGCUCCUAAAUACCAACCCUGUUUUUUAGCCUUAUUUUCUCUGAUACAGCUCCUUCUCUUAAAAUGUUGAUUUAAGUGAUUAAGAUGUGCUGACACGAUCAGCUUGACUUAAGAGACAGUCAUAUAAACCCUCAUGUCUGUCUUGACCAGCAACAUAACACACUUGUAGGAUCAAUAUCUUCAGAACGUCUGGAUUACACUUUCUCAUAUUACCUGUAAUGUUUUCAGAUGAUAAUGGUAAAUGCUCAGAGUAAUGGGCUGCAUACAGAAUGUUAUUUAAAGCUUCAUUAUUCACAGGGAAUGCUGCAGUAAGAUAUUUUUUCAUUUAAUGAAUGAUGAAUUUAUCUGUUUGUGAAGUCAUUUUAUAGCAGUUUAGCAUUUAGCAAACACAAAUUCACCAGUGUUGUUUUAAACGAGUAUCUUAAGCAUUUAUUUUCUGCUUUUCUCUGAUGUAUGAAAGCUGUUGGAUAACCCUAAAAUACUUGCAAUUGUAAGCCAAAUAGGAGCUAUUCCAGACUGAAAUGCCCACGAUGGAGAAAACUUAGAGAUUAUUUUGUUUUUGCACAAGAUCUUCACAAACUCACACAUCAGACCCUCUUUUUGAUCCUGGUCACAGCAAGGCAUUGUAUUUAAGAGAUCAGUAUCUCCUCCCAGGGGCAGUGACAGGGACACAGAGCUUUCUGUGACAAUCAUUAUAAAACACAUGGGCUUGUGUUACCUGCUUUCUCCUUCGUACCAACUUUGUGUAUGUAAGACAUACUUUGUUUUGUUCGGUAAAACCCUCAGCACUUGCUUAUUAAGAGCUUGUUACGGUUCUUUUGAAGCAGUGGCUCAACCUGUCAGAAGUGGGCUGUAACUGAGGUCGUGAUUAUGUAUUUGGAAAUAAAUGUGCUAAUCUCUG